CUUUUUCCCUGCGCGCAACGACACUAGCGCCGCUGCGUUCGUUGAAGGCCGUCAGACAGUCAUUUGGCCCCGAAGAGCAGGGAGCACAGCCAGCCCCCCCCCAGCUACAGUCGAAUCCCAAGUUUGUGAGUGUGUGUGUGAGUUUGCUUGUGCGUGUUGACGGUGCAGCGAGUGUGUGUGUGUGUCAGUCAACUUGAAAAUAGAAAAGUUUCCGGACGCCACCGCUGCUGCUACAACGCAGAGCUUAGUGAUACUACGAAUCAAGACGAAAUUGCAAUCAAUUUCAGUGCACUAUUUAUUGGACCGUUGAGUUAAUUUUCCUCUUCAAGUCUACCCUAAUUGGAAAAAUACUACUGGAUAAUCAUUCUAUUCGGAUAACUACAAGUAAACAAGGACUCCUGAAUGACUGAUGAGAAGAGGGAAGGAUAAAAAUGAGCGAAUCGACCAAGAACGAGUCGGAAUCUUCAUCGACGACGACGGCUGUGCAGAGCGGCGGAACCCCGACGGUGGUGCCUGUCGGUCCUGGAUCGAAUCAAAGUUCCGCCCCGUCUGCGCCAUCUUCCGUUGUCGAGGCCAUGCAAUCGCCCAUGGGUCCAACGCAAAUCCCUACUCAAUUCGUGUUCCAGCAGCAAAUAAUGGCUAGCCCUCAACAACAACAGCAGCAGCAGCAGCUGAUGGCCAGCCCUCAGCAACAACAACAGGCAGGAAACACACCUGGACCAUCUCCUGGUGGUUCUCAAACGCAGCAACCUAACGGAGGUGGAGGCAACCCUUCUCCGAUGAAUGGCGGCAUGAAUGCAGCAAUGGCGAUGAAUCCGUCAGCCAUGAAUACGAUCAAUAUGUCGGCUAUGAACUCGAUGAUGCCUUCUUUGGCUAACAACGGAAUGGCCGGAAUGACGAUGGCCAGUAUGAACGCUGCCGGUUUCCAGCAAUCGAUGGGCCAUCCUGUCAUGUCUUCUGGAGGGAUGCCUCAGGUUCAAGUAAUCCAGCAACAGAUUCCGUACUUGCAGCAAUUAUACAGUAAUGCCCAGGGUCAGCAAUUCAUCAUGCCAGGAAAUAUUUCGUUGCAGCCAAACGGUGUUAAUCAAACGAUACAGUCGACCAAUUUCGGACAACCUAUUCAGGUUAUUGCUGCUGGCAAAACAUUUCAACCUGGACAAUUGACACCACAUCUUCAAAUAACCGGCAACAAUAUGCUUAAGGGUCAUCAAAAUGAUAACAAUGCCAUUCUUCAAUUUUUCAACAAUGCAAGGAACAAUGGAUGUAUUCCAACAUCCAAUAAUCAGACGUUGGUCAUUGCUGGACCGCUGAUCACAAAUCAAGCUGGAAAUUAUAAUCAACAAGGUCCACAAGGAAAGCCCAUUGAAAUGAAUAAGGCACAGCAGCAGCAACAACAGCAGCAACAACAACAACAGCAGCAGCAACAACAGCAACAGCAACCUUAUUAUCAAGUUGUGAAUGCUGGGAUGCCUCCAAAGUCCCCAGUCAUGACAUCUGCUGUUGGAAAUAAGGGCAACAUGGCUGGUACAGGUGUUAACGUCAGUCAGGCAACCAAUAUGUUGUCACAACCUCAGAUUGUCACUUCUCAAGCAAAUUCUGCACCCAUGCAACUUGGUGGUUCCAUGCAACCAAUGCAGAUCAUAAGUCAAAUGCAGGGUAACCAAAUGGGCCAGUCUUUAGGAUUUCAACUACCUCCAAACUUUUAUCAGUUUGGAGGUCAGCAAGGCCCCAUCAUAAUCAGACAACAUGGGCAACCCGACGGAAUGUUUUUCCAGGCGGCACCUCAGCCAACUAUCGCUGCGCAACCGGCACCACAACCAGUGCCUCCCCUUACUGCUGCCAUUAAACCUAGAGCUGAGACUCCAUCGAAAGCAAGCGGAACCCGCCCGUUAUCAACGAUAUUGCCUUCAUCAUCGGGAGCUUCGACAGCACCAACACCGAUUCGGCCAGCCUCGUCCAUGUCCAAUCAGACAUUUGCAGGCGGAGUGGUCACAAAUACUCAAACUGGAAACCCUAGACCUGCCGGUAAGACAAAGAAAGUUGGACGGCCUCCACAAAAUCAACAGCGACCAGUGGCACCGUCAGUCGUGCAAGGCCAGCAAACUCUUUUACAGCCGGUACAGCAACAACAACAGCAGCAGCAGCAACAACAACAACAGCAGCAGCAGCAGAUUCAGCUCCAACAGCAACAACAGAAUCAACAACUGCAUGCCGUAUCUCAGCAACUCAUUGCUCAACAGUUUCAGAUGCAGCAGCAUCCGUUCCAAAUUCAGCAGUAUCAACAGCAACAACAGCCGACACUCAUGUCACUUCCGGCUUUCCAGCAAGUGGCUCAGCAAACGCUGGACGCCAAUCAACAAGCCCAAUUGCAGCAAGCUAUCAACGAUCAGCAGCAAGCCCAACAACAACAUCAGCAGCAACAACAUCAGCAACAACAACAUCAGCAACAUCAACUCCAGCUGCAAUAUCAAAUGAACAAGCCUGUUAUGGCAGUUGCCUCAUCAGCAGCUACGUCAUUAGCUGCAUCGAACAACGUAACCACGACGACGCAGAGCGCUCCCCAACAACAACAACAGCACAUGUUGUCGCCUGCUCAAAUGCCAUCCCAGCAACCAAUGCAAAACGUUGCCCCUACACUCCAGCAGGUUGUAAUUCCACAGCAAUCGCAGCAACAACAGGGAAUGAUGCAAAUGCCACCGUGUAUUUCCUCUGCAUCAUUUGGGCCGGUGACCACUACCACCACAACCACUACUCAUGCUGUUCGCUCCAGCUACAAACCCAUUGCCCCCGCUCCUCCACAACAACAGCAGCAACAACACCAACCAAAUCAACCUCCAAAUUUGCUUGCAAUGGCUCCUCAUCCACACCAAGUCAAUGUUUCAUCUAACGAUAAAACGGACCAACAGCAUCCACAGAUUUUGACGAUCCCUGUCGGAUCCGCAGUCUACCCGAUUGGAAUGACGGGAACGCACAACAUACGUUCUGCAACUCCCAUGAAUAAUUUUCAAAACAUGAAUGGCGAUCUUAGCCAGCACCAACACGGACAAUUAAACAUUCAUAUGCCAAUGUCCAGCAGUCAAUCGAAUACGACUUGCUUCAUUACAAAUCCGGCCGUGACCUCAUCAGCUCGAAUGCCCACUCCAUUAGGUGGCGGAUUGAUUACCGUUGGACCGGCUGCGCCAUUAUCCGCCAUGGCCAAUAUGACGCACGCAGUACCUCCAUCUUCGUCGCCAAUCACCAUUUCCACUCAGGGACCACGAAUGGCUAUGUCGACUUUACAGCCAGUAACAGUUACUGUCUCAGCUUCCCCAGCACCUCAAUUUCCUCUACCUUCUCCGGCUCGGACACAGCCAUCAACAACACCGCUGCCCAGUACUACCGAAAAAGUAGAAGAGCCGAAACCAUCUCCUCGCAAUGCAGUAACCGACUCUCAAACCCCUUCGGCCCCUACGACAACAACUCCUGCUGUAGAGGAACCGUCUACCGAAAAGAAAGAAACGCCUCAGAUGAACGGAAUAGGAGGAAAUCAAGGAGAUCAUCACAUGGUUAGUCAUUCGCCAGCUAUCCGCGAGAAAAAAGACCCCAAUUUGCCUCAAGCAGUUGUACGGCCUCAGAUAUUGACCCACGUAUUGGGUGACUUUGUGAUCCAAGAGUCAUCGGAACCUUUCCCAGUCGGCCGUUUCCAUCCGAAUGAAUCUCUGACGCGCUGCAACGGACAACGGAAUCAAGAUCACAGUUUCAAAUUGGAUGGAGAACCUCCGAAGAAAAAAUUACAUAUGGAACAACCUACAGUGACCCAUCAAUCUCCACCUCUGGCACCCCCGCCUGCGCCGCCUACCACCACAACAACUAACGAUCUUCAGCAGAUGUCGACGCCUAAAGGAGCUACCAUGGCCACAUGCGAGGGAUGUGGAAAAAUGGAUUUCAUUUCCAAAUUUCGUCGUUCAAAACGCUUUUGUUCCACAGCCUGCUCGAAAAAGUCUAACAUAAAUGCUUCGCCAGCAGUUGGACCCGUUCAGCCGAAUCAACAGCAGCAGCAGCAGCAGGAAACUGUCUCGACAACGACUUGUGUCAACGGUCAGGGAGUAAAAGCAGCCGUUGGCGGUGGUGGUGGGCUACUGACCACUGCGACGUCAACCACUCACUCACCCGCUGCUGCUUCAACAACAGCCGAAGCCAACAACAAAUUGGCUUCUCCAACGGCCGUGACAAUUCCUCAGGGCCCAACUCCUCCAACGAGCUUUGCUCCCUCUGGAGAUAAAGAAGAUAUCAGCUUGGAUGCAGAGUUGUGUGCUCUGGCUGCUCAGCAAUUGCGUUCUCCCACAGCCUCACUAUCUCAAACACCAACUCACCAGCUCAAACCUGAGCCGAAAACUAAUCCAGCCAAGUGGAGUGUUACCGAGGUCGCGGAUUUCGUGCGAAGUUUAACUGGAUGUGCAGAUUAUGCCGAAGAUUUCGCAUUGCAGGAAAUUGAUGGCCAAGCGCUCAUGUUAUUGAAAGCCGAUCAUUUGAUGUCUGCCAUGUCGAUGAAACUUGGGCCGGCAUUGAAGAUUUGCGCCAAGAUUGAUGCUAUGCGUGGUGCAUCCUCCUCUGAGGGCGGUAAUAGCAAUCCACAAAACGGAAAUUAAUGUGGGAAAAGUUCAAUCCCCCAUUUUUGUGUUGUUCUCCACCAGAAAUCGAUACGUGUUAUGUUUGCCUCAUUCAACUGUAAUUUGACUCAUUGUACUUUUCUGUCUAUAGUUUGUUUAUGGUUCACGAUAUGUUUCUUCGUCAUUUCUCUCUACGUAUUUUGCUUUGGUUAUUCACCUUCAUUACAGUAAUUCUCAUUUCGUAUGACACAUAGAUCGUCAGUGAACAAAUAUAUAUAUAUAGAUCAUUCAUACAAAAUGUAAUGCUCGGUGUAACAAAAGGCAUUUAGGACAAAAAUGCCAUAUAACCGCAUAUAACAUUUUCGGAACGAAGAAUUUUCGUUUUCAGUGUAAUAAAUUGACAUUGUAAUAAUAAUUUAAAUAUACAUAAAAAUCCAUUGAA